AUGACUGAACGUGCAAAAAUUAUUCCACGUUGGCUUACAGAAGUACGCCCUACCACUUCAAAUGCUGCACCUUCAACAUGGACAUUACCAAAUACUGGCUCUUUACUUAAUGGAAACAAUCAGACCGACUCUUCUAAUUCUAGUUUUACUACUAGAGGCGGCACUUUAUCGGCUUCGCCUGAUCAAACUCGUGCUGUUGUUGUCGGACUGCUGAAAAUUUUGAAUGUAUCAGGCAAUGAGAUUACGGAAGAAUUGAAAGUUAAGGUUGCGAAUAAAUAUAAUAGCAAUGAUGUUAAAUGGGGAAAUAAUAUUUCAAGAAACAAAAUAGCUACUGCUGCUUCAAAUGGUUUGAUUGUUAUUUGGGAUAUAGGAAAUGGUAGAUCAAGGAUUGAUCGAAGAAUCAAUGAACAUACACGUGCUGUUAAUAGGAUAUGUUUUAGUCCAAUGCAAGGUUCAUUAUUGUUAAGCGCCUCACAAGAUUGUACCAUGAAAUUGUGGGAUCUUAGAGAUCCAGAAAAGGCAAGAUACACAUUUCAGGGAAGAUGUGAUGGUGUUCGUGAUGUGCAAUUUAAUUCAAUGAAUCAAUAUGAAUUUGCGGCUGCAUUUGAUAAUGGAACAAUUCAGAAAUGGGAUAUUAGGAAGCCAUCAAUUCAUCAAAAAAGAUACAAUGCACAUAUUGGAUCAGUGUUAUCUGUUGAUUGGAACCCUGAUGGCAGAACAAUUGCUAGCGGAGGACGUGAUAAAAUUAUCAAAAUAUGGGAUAUGAAUUCGGAUAGUAGAAAGUCAAAAAAUGCGAUUAAUACUAUGUCAGGUAUAUCUUAUAUCAGAUGGAGACCAAAUUAUCCGAAUGAGAUUGCAUCAUGUUCAUCGUUGGUCGAUUCAAGAAUAUUUGUUUGGAAUGUUAAAAGACCUUACAUCCCAAGUUAUUUCUUCGAGACACAUGAAGAGGUUCCAACAGGAAUUUUAUGGCAUGAUUGUGACGUGUUAUGGUCUUGCUCAAAGGAUAAAUAUUUUAUGCAACAAUAUAUCAAAGGAUCGUAUCGACCCUUGGAUUUAUUAAGUAAAUGUGGAAUUGGUUGGAGUAUUUAUGAUCAAUUAGCAUUUGCUGUAGACAAACCCAACAACAAUAAUGAUAUAAUUGAUGAUCAAAAUAUUAGGCAGCAUAAUCAAAUUAAAAAAACGCAAAAAUAUAUACCUCCUGGAACGAUAGAUUCAUCAAAUGAGGGUUACUACAAAUUACAACAAAAAACUGGAAUGGCAUCUUUUAAAACAUUUGAUUAUAAAGCAUUUUCAUACCUUGCAGAAAAUUAUAUGAUUUCUAAUCAAAAUAUUUGGGAGACUUAUCAAAAUGGAGCUGAAGAACAACACUCUAAAGAGCCUCAUUCACACGGUCCUUUGAAAUCAAGAUUUUAUUCCAAAGCAUCCAAUAAUUCAGCGAAUGAAAACAGUAGUAGUAAUAAUACACCAACAGAAAAAACAUCAGAAGGAGGAGCAGGAGCAUUAGACGAGAGUGAAGAUGAAUUUGUUCAAGAAGACAAAUCAUCUACCAAUCACAAAACUUUACGCAAUCAAAAAAGUUCUGCUAAAUUAUCAGAAAAUGCUUUUAUUUGUGGACCAACUAUAAAGACAAGUUUAAUGCCAUCAUUAGUUCAAGAACAAAUAAUUUCACAAUUAUUAGAUUAUUAUUCAGAACAGGGAGAUGUGCAGAUGUGUGUCACUUUAAUCCUUGUGAUUGGAGAUAGGAUCAAGCUUAAUAAUGAAAGAGUAGAACAAUGGUUUUUUUCAUAUAUUGAAUUAUUACAUAGGUUUCAACUUUGGGUAACAGCCACAGAUAUCAUUUCUUCUUGUCCAAUCGCAGCAGUUUCAAUGCUAAACCAACAAUCUACAACCAUUUAUACUACAUGUAAUAAUUGUUAUAAACAUAUUCUAAAUAAUUCUUUGAAAAGUAAUGGAUUUUGGUCAUGUGAUAAAUGUCAUAAAUUAUUAAAUCCUUGUUCAAUAUGUCAUAAUACAGUUAAAGGUCUUUAUACUUGGUGUCAGGGCUGUAGUCACGGAGGGCAUUUAACUCAUAUGAAACAAUGGUUUAGUCGAAACAAUGAAUGUCCAACUGGAUGUGGUCAUAAUUGUUCUAUAGGGAAUUUUUUAUAA